AUGUAAAAAUUUGCCACAAUCCGAAAUAAGACAACACGAGGGUACCCGUUAGACACUUACCAAAUUAACGAGAUCACCCAAGUCAUGUGACUCUUUACCCACCUUUUACAUCCUAGAGUUCAUAUCACGUUUUAGGUUCUAGACUAGAUCUCGCUCCUAAUCGUCACCAAUCUCUCCGACGUCUAAACUCGCCUAAUUUCGCACCCUUUUUUUUCCAUCUCCUCCUUCAACAAUUCCCCAUUUCUCCGGCAACGUAAUUCUGGAUCUGCUCUCUCUCAAUCUCACUCUCUAGAUCUCAAUCUCCGCCAAUUCUCUCUCCUCCAAUUUUCCAACUUUAGCCUUGAUUUAGGAGGAUUGUGACUUGUGAGAGACCGAUAAUCCCGAGUUCUUGAAGAACGUGUGAUCGCGAUAGAUAGAGUGCAUUAGCAAAAUUAUCCUCAAUUUCCGCUCUUCAAUCACGAAAGCAAAGAUGAUGUCCGGCAAUUACACUACCAUUGACAAUCAAAACGUUUCCGGAGGAGGAUCUGUCUCCGGAUCUGUUCCAGCAGUUGGAGAUUCUGGUCAUGUGUCGGUUAAAUUUGCUGAUUCAAAUCUUCAGACAUUUCCUCCAUCAGAAGCGACAGGAAAGAUCGCCAGUGGUUCUCGUCCUCCUCGAGAUGCUGAUGACACAUUCUCCAAACCAGGUGGUGGAUCUGAUGCGCCUCAAUCAAGUGGUUGGUUUGGGAUAUUCAGUAUUGCUGCUUAUCAACCAUAUUUUGAUGUUGAUACUUCUGAUGUCUUGGAGAGGAUUAAAGAAUCACUAUUUCCAUGGAAAGGGAAUUUCACAGAACUGAUCUCCAACAGCCCAGAUUUGUAUGGUCCAUUUUGGAUAUGCACUACUCUAAUAUUCAUCGCCGCAUCCAUCGGUACAUUUGUUACUUAUGUGUCAAACAAGCUACACAGCAAAGACUGGAAUUAUGACAUAAGCCUUGUGACAUGGUCUGCCGGUUUGUUCUAUGGUUAUGUGAUGGUCGUGCCUCUGUGCCUUUAUUUGGUGCUGAAGUAUUUCUCUGCUCCAUCUGGCUUCGUCCAAUUGCUCUGCUUGUAUGGUUAUUCCUUGUUUGUGUUCGUCCCUGCAUUGUGUUUGUCUGUUGUGCCCCUGGAUAUAUUCAGAUGGGUGAUUGCAGGUGUGGCCGGGUUUAUGUCUGCAAGCUUUGUUGCCCUUAAUCUCAAGGCACACAUCGAGUCAGCUGGUGAAAGGUGGUUCCUCAUCGUUGUUGCAAUAUUUUUGUUGCAAGUAGCUUUGGCAAUUGCUCUUAAGAUUUACCUAUUCACGGUAUCAGUUUAACUAUGGAGAAACAGCUACUAGAUAGAUGUUUCAAUGAAUAUGAUGUAGCUAUAUUGUAACACAUAAGGUAAAUUUAAGCCUGAAAUUUGGCUGUCAAUUUAACAAAGGAAGAUAUUGUCCAAACUUAUUGUAUUCAUUCAAUUUUGGUGAUAUAUGUUUGAAUAAUGUUGAGUUUGGUCGCUUUCUUUCAAUUUAGCUCAUCCAGUUGGCUGUAUAUUUAAAUUACGAAUAUAUGCCUGCAGCUUGGAUUUCAAGCGUUUGCUUA